AUUUCGAGGAAGGAGCGCUUUCGGGAGGAUGCCUGAGUCCCGUGUCAUAUGGACCCCGACGUUUCAAGAUAAGUUCUGGGAGGAUGUCAUUAGUCAUGUUGACUUGAUCCCGUGGACUGACUACAUCCAGUAGCCAAGUUUAUGGAUGAUUAUAGUGUGAUAAGUGGCCGAGAAGAGGCAGAGUCUAUCCAUAGAAGACAUCUCCACAAUCGGCUCCGCACCGUGAUCAUGGGAAGAUAUCAUCAAGUCCCGGGUUUCGUGAUAUUCUGUGUGCUGCUGCUCCUCAUAGGCAGCUCAUGGCGUUGUUCCUAUGGAAAUUCAGUUGCACUGUCGUGCAGACGAGAAGAAAGAGAUGCGCUGCUCGAAUUCAAGCAAAGUCUUGAGGAGUCGAACUCAUCGAAUGGCUUCCUCCGCUCCUGGGAAGGAGAAGAUUGCUGCGACUGGGAAGGACUGAGCUGCGAUAGAGCCACCGGACACGUCAUCAGGCUCGAAAUACUCCCCCAGGUAACACAGGUAAAAAACGACCCUUUUUUACAGGCGUGGGCCUUCCCUUCACCAUGGGGACUCCCGCUACCAUCAGAUCCAGUAGUCCACGCCUCAGAGCUAAGCCCUUCCCUCCUGAGGCUGAGGUACCUGAACCACCUCGACCUCAGCGGCCUUCGCAUACUUGGCAGCACUCCUAUCCCUGCAUUCAUAGGUUCGAUGAAACACCUGAGCUACUUGAACCUCUCGAACGUUGGUUUUCACGGAGCGGUUCCUCCCCACUUGGGAAAUCUCACCAGCUUAGAGGUCCUCGAUCUCCAAGCCCUCUGGCCCAAUUAUGGUUUACUCCUGGCCCAUUCGCACUGGAUUUCUCGUCUCGUGGCCUUAAAGUACCUCGACUUGAGUGGUGUACCUGCUAGAAAAGCACGAGAUCUGAUGCAGGUACUCAACACGCUUCCUUCCCUAUCGCACUUGGCAAUGAGCUCUUGUUUCUCGCCCGGCGCAUUCAGUAUAUCCCCUGGUCUCUUCAACUCUAGCUUUCUCGCCAGACUCCAAUACCUCGACCUCUCAUUUAAUUUUCUUCAAGGCCCCGUUCCUACUUUCUUGCGGAAUAUGACAUCUAUCAGACAUCUCGAUCUCCACGGCAACGAUCUAAACUGUUCCAUUCCUAUUUGGUUCAGCGAUCUUAACGGCUUGGUCCAUCUCAAUCUUGAGGGUAAUCAGCUUGACAGCAUUGAAGGAGGGUUUUCGUUUUUCAUUAGAGACAAAUGCCGCCUGCGGUUCUUGAAUUUGGAAGGCAACCAACUUCAAGGGGAGAUCAGUAGAAAUUCCAGUGGAAUCUGUGCAUUUGGCCUCGAGUUCUUGAGCCUGAGAAGCAAUCGUUUCACGGGCAUUAUUCCUGAGGGUUUGGGACAACUUUCAAGGCUCGAAUUCUUGGGUCUUUCUUAUAACUCAUUGGAAGGCACGGUUUCCGAAUUGCAUUUCACGAAUCUCUUGGGAUUGAAGUACCUAGACAUCGGCUACAACCAUUUGACUGUCAAGUUGGACUCUGACUGGGCUCCUCCAUUUCGACUCAAUUUCAUCAUGAUGAGAUCUUGCAGAUUCGGAACAGAAUUCCCGCAGUGGAUUAGAUCACAAAAGGAUGCCCAUACACUAUAUCUGUCCAAUGCCUCCAUUUCCGGGGAGAUGCCGCAGUGGUUGGCAACUGAACUGAAAUUGAGGACAUUAGAUCUAUCCAAUAACUUCAUCUCAGGGAGAAUUCUUAACUUCUCUUCAACAAUGGCGAGAUUGGAUCUCUCCUACAACCUGAUCUCAGGAUCGAUUCCACCAAGUAUUGGUGAAAAUCUCGAAGUGGAAUUUUUGUUUCUCAGUGAUAACCUUCUAACCGGCCCAAUACCGGCUUCAUUGUGUCAGUUAAGGUCGGUAAUUUCUUUGGACCUUUCGAGAAACAAGCUAUCAGGCUGGAUCCCCAACUGUUGGGGGAAUGCAACUUCUAGCUUCAUCUCAGGGAAACUUUGGAACUUCUCUUCAACAAUGGGGUUAUUGGAUCUCUCCUACAACCUGAUCUCAGGAUCGAUUCCACCAAGUAUUGGUGAAAAUCUGGAAGUGUAUAAUUUGUUUCUCAGUGAUAACCAUUUAACCGGCCCAAUACCGGCUUCAUUGUGUAAGUUAAGGUCUGUACGUUCUUUGGACCUUUCGAGAAACAAGCUAUCAGGCUGGAUCCCCAACUGUUGGGGGAAUGCAACUUUGCCGUCUAUCAUAAACUUUUCAUCCAAUAGACUGUCUGGAGUUAUUCCGAGUUCCAUUGGAAAUCUUGUCGUCAGCUCUUUACACCUGAACAACAAUAGUCUCCAUGGAGAAGUCCCAGAUUCCUUUAGAAACCUGUUGGGAUUGGAGAUGUUGGAUCUUGGAGAGAAUAAGCUAUCCGGAGUUUUACCUGCAUGGAUCGGGCGGGAAGUUCAGUCAUUACGAACUCUUAGACUUCGAGAGAAUCAUUUCACUGGAACUCUUCCCAUGCAUUUGUGCUCAUUGUUCCAAUUGCAGAUUUUAGACUUGGCAGGUAACAACCUGCAUGGAACAAUUCCACGUUGCUUUGGCUCCCUGAUUGGCAUGUCUCAUCGUUCAUCCUCGCCUGAACUGAAUGAUUCUCAAUAUGCACUUUCUGCCCCGGCCCCCCCUUCGAUCCAUUGGGAUCAACAACCAGUGGCGGAGGUUGUGAAAGGAAGAGAGCUUGAAUACACCACAAACCUGAAGUUCAUGUUCUCUUUGGACCUCUCAAGCAAUAACUUUUCCGGGCCGAUUCCACACGAGCUGACAUUGCUAACCUUAUUGAACAGUUUGAAUCUAUCCCACAACCUUCUCUCAGGGAAUAUCCCGGAAAAGAUUGGGGACAUGAAGUGGCUGGAGUCGCUCGACUUCUCGGGGAACCAACUUUCAGGGGAAAUUCCACCGAGCAUAUCUCUUCUGACAAUGUUAAGCCACCUAAACCUGUCGGACAACAACCUCGCAGGUAAAAUUCCAAAGAGCAGUCAGCUAGAUUCUCUUUAUGUGUCCGAUCAUUCUAUAUAUUCGGGGAAUCCUUUACUCUGUGGCGAUCCACUUUUAAAUAAGUGCCCGGGUCAGGAGGAGGCACCCACGCCUCCAAAGACCCCGAGCAGGGAAAACAUGGGUGGCUCAGAUCCGUUGGAUAAGGUGACAUUUUAUGGAGUUGUAAUGCUCGGGUUUGCGACUGGAUUCUGGGGAGCAAUCGGGAUUCUGGUAUUCAAAAAGAGCUGGAGAGCUGCCUACUUUACAUUCACCGAAGAAAUCGCAAACAAGAUUUAUGUGGCAGUAUCAUUGAAGGUGGCCAAACUGAAAACAAGAAUGAGAGGAGAAUGAGCAGAGGCAGAGCAUAGAAGACUUGCUAUCAUUUCAGGUUGUUCCCUGUUAGUUUAUAUAUUAAAUGCAGAAUAUUAAUUUAAGCUUUAUUUUAUGAGUAUUUAUUUUGUGAAGUAAAUGCUAUAUCAAUGCUGAAUAUUAAUUUGAACUUUAUUUUAUGAGUAUUUAUUGUAUACUGUGAAAAAAAAUGUUCGAGUAUAAUUUGGUGGGCACUAACUUAUUAA